AUGCAACCUUUCUACGUUCUAUUCGUACUCAUUCUCUCCGUGGCAGCGCUGACUGACGAGGAGAAGGCUUCAUCCGAAUCCGUUGGGCUUGUCAAGCCAGAAGAUGUACUGAAUUCAUUCGAGAAGACUCUUCCAAAAGAGUCGGAACCGAAAAAGCUAAGAUUCUACCCAUUUUUCAAUCCCUUCGGGUAUGGUGGUUAUCUCCCGUAUUUCGGAUAUGGAUAUGGAGGAUACGGAUAUUGCUGA